UCGUGAGAGUCGCACAGCUGUUUGAAAGAAUUUCGCUCCUAUUGGAAUUUGUGUUUAAAAAUGAAUUAAAGGCUAACGCAAACGAAAAGUUCGUAUUAAAUUGUUUAUUAAAUAGUGCGCGCCUGCAGUGAGAAUGUUUAAAAGUACGUUUAAAGUGGUUUAUCGACCAAUUAGAAACAAUUUUCUGCUACUACCGGAACAAUAUUAUGGUGUUGUCUCCACCUAUGAUACGGGCUGUCUUAGCCUUCAGUACAAUGGACGUGUGCACUAUGCAUCGUGGGCACCGCAGGCGGGCGGCGGUGGCAUCAAAGACACUGAAAUUGGGAUCAAUGCCAGGGCGGCCAAGGAGCUCGGUCUGCAUGAAAAUGACUUGGUCAAGUGCGCCCUCAUCGCUGACGUCCUAAAUCUGCGCAGCGUUCACGUCACUCCCGUCUCGGCCAAAGAUUGGGAGAUCAUUGAACUAAGCACUGAGAAGAUCUCUGGCAGCGUUCUGGAGCAGACACGCAUUGUGAACUCAUCGCAGAUUUUGCUUGUUUGGAUUAACAAGUCGAUGCAAGUGGCGCUGACAGUGGAUCGCUUGAAGCCACACAUGGGUUAUGGGCGCAUUGAUCAUAAUACUGAGCUGGUGGUGGCUCCCAAUCUGUACAAAGCACUGACCAAUGGCAAUGCAACUUCCACUGUCAAUGGCAACGAUGAAGAGAGCAGCAAACUUUCGCGUAGUAAAACCAGCGCUCAAGUGCGUGAUGAUUUAGUCACAACUCCAGGGCUUGCACACUCAGCAACAAUGAGCAACGUGAAGAGCAAUCUGCAGCGCAACAAGCGACAGGAUCAUAUGCAACGCUUGAAGAAGGAUUUGCGACGUGAGAGCUCAGGCGUGUUUGAGUUUCGGGUUAUACGCGGAUUGUGGCACGAAAAGGCGCAGGAAUCGGAUGUUUACAUUCGACAGUCGCAUUUGCCUGAGUUCAUGGAUCUGGAACAGUUCUACAGUAUGAAGACAUCUUCCGAUAAGGAGUACUAUGUGCGAGUGCAUCUCGUAAGCGAUGAGGAUGAGGAGAACGAUGAAUUGCCAGCCACAAUUCAUCCCUCGAUUGAGCUGAAUGCGAAUUUAAUGAAGCUGCUAAACAUCAAGGAGCUGGAGCGUGUUGUGCUGCGUCCCAAGGUGACUGUGGUCAAUUUCGUGGAGAAGAUCGAGCUGUUUGCGCACAAGAAGACGCACUACAAGAUCAUGGAGAAUGCAUUUAAGCGUUUUGUGAUUGAGCGCACACAAAAGGCGCCCAUGUUGUUCAACCAGGAGGAAGUGGUGCGCCUCGAAGACGAUUUGCUCGUCACCGUGGGCAUUUUACCCGAACAUUUUCGCUAUUGUGUUGUGGAUGCACAAUUCCUGAAAGAGUCGAAAAUCUACGCUGCCGAUCUGGUGCGUCCCGUUAAUGAGAUCAUCAAGGAAAAGCCAGCUGCAAUAACGCCACUGAGUGUCAAGGAUCUCAUACGACUGCCCGAGUAUGAUAAGAUUGUCGAUCAAGUAGUCAGCGAGUUGCGCAUGAAUCUGUGUCUCAACGCACAGAAUUCUGUGCUGCGUCAGGGCAAUGUUUUGCUUACAGGUGCCGCUGGCACUGGCAAAACGGUGCUGGUGGAGCGCAUUUUGGAGCAGUUGUCACGACAGCCGGACUAUUGCUACUUUGACAUAUUCUACUGCUCGCGCAGCAAGGGUCGCAAAACGGAAUCCAUACAGAAGGAUUUACGCAACAUUUUCACCAGCUGCCUGCAACAUGCACCCGCCAUCGUUGUUCUCGAGAAUCUGGAUGUGCUCGCGCAUUCUGCAGGCGAACAGUCGAGCCAGGAUGGUGAAUACUUCAAUCGCAUGGCGGAUACAGUGCAUCAAUUGAUCAUGCAGUAUACGAGUAGCAACGCCAUUGCUGUCAUUGCCACCGUCAAUGAGCUGCAGACGCUGAAUAAGCGCCUGAGUGCGCCGCGUGGUCGACAUCUGUUCCAAACGGUUGCCCGACUGCCCAGCUUGGAGCGUGCCGAUCGUGAGACCAUCCUGCGUGAACUGUGUAGUCACAUUGCGUCCAGGGAUUUGGAUGUGGUCAAGUUCUCGAAUCUAACCGAGGGCUAUCGCAAGUGCGAUCUCGUGCAGUUUGUGGAGCGUGCUAUCUUCUAUGCAUAUCGCAUCAGCAAAGCGCAGCCGAUGCUGACCAAUGAGCAGCUGAUUGACUCGCUGGAGCACACGAAUUCCUAUUGCCUGCAGGGCAUACAAAGCAAUCAAAAGACUGGCGCCGAGUCCGCUGCGAAUGAGAUGAGCGUCGAGGAGCUGCCUGGCCUCGAAAGUGUGGUCACUGUGCUCGAGGAGGUGCUCAUGUGGCCCUCAAUGUAUCCAACAAUAUUCAACUCAUCGCCGCUGCGCAAUCAGGCAGGAGUGCUUCUUUAUGGUCCGCCUGGCACUGGCAAAACCUUCUUGGUAUCUCAGCUGGCCAGCAGUUGGAGUCUGCGCAUCAUCUCGGUGAAGGGACCUGAGUUGUUAGCUAAAUACAUUGGCCAGAGCGAGGAGAACGUGCGCAAUCUGUUUAAUCGAGCGCGCAGUGCCAAACCCUGUGUGCUCUUCUUCGAUGAGUUUGACAGCUUGGCACCAAAGCGUGGCCACGACUCCACAGGUGUGACAGAUCGUGUGGUCAAUCAGCUGCUCACCGAGCUCGAUGGCGUCGAGGGGCUACAGGGCGUCACCGUUAUAGCGGCCACAUCGCGACCUGAGCUACUUGAUCCAGCGCUGUUGCGUUCGGGUCGCAUAGAUCGUUUGGUUGAGUGUCCGUUGCCGGAUGCGGUGGCUCGUGUGAGCAUCUUUGAGGCACUCAGCUCCACGUUGAAUCUGGAUGAAUGCGUGGACUUUGAUUAUUUUGCGGGACGCACACAAAACUAUACAGGCGCCGAUAUACAAAGCAUUCUGACCUCGGCGAACAUGGCAGCGGUUAAGGAGGCGCUGGCACAAUUCGGACAUGAGAAAUUGCCAAAGAAAAUUUUAGUGAAGCAAAAACAUCUCAUCGAAUCCUUCCAAACGACCCGCCCAUCGUUGAGCACUGCCGAUGUGGCCAAGUAUAAGAAAACGUACGCACGCUUUACGAACAAGGAGAAGGGCUCCAGGGAUUUUGUGGCCAAGCGAGCCACAUUGGCAUAGCUCUAGAGACUAAUUUAAGUUAAUGUAGAGAACAGAUUGGCUAGUUAAAUCUGAUCAACUAAAAAUUCUAUUUUCUAUAGAAGAUGUUUAUGUUUUUGGCAUUGUAAAAUAUUUUAUUUUUUUGGUUUAUACA